GCCACUGCAGCAGCAACAGCAGCAGCAAAGUUUCCUUUUUACCAUUGUUCUUCUGGGCCCAUCAAAGAGUUUGCUAGGCAUGGAUGCAGUGACUGUGUACCACGGCAAAAUCAGCAGGGAGACCGGGGAGAAGCUCUUACUCGCUACGGGGCUGGAUGGAAGCUAUCUGCUGCGAGACAGCGAGAGUGUCCCUGGCGUGUACUGCCUGUGUGUUCUGUAUCAAGGUUACAUCUAUACAUAUCGAGUGUCCCAGACAGAAACAGGUUCUUGGAGUGCUGAGACAGCACCUGGGGUACAUAAAAGAUUUUUCCGGAAAGUAAAAAAUCUCAUUUCAGCGUUUCAGAAGCCAGAUCAAGGCAUCGUAACACCUCUGCAGUAUCCAGUUGAAAAGUCCUCUGCCAGGGGCCCACCAGCUCCCACAGGGAGAAGAGAUUCUGAUAUCUGCCUUAAUGCACCAUGAAGAAGAGUAACUCACUCUGUACUUUAUUUUCAAUAAUUUAAGUAUGUGCCAAGUCUUGUAUAUUGUAGAUAAUACAGUUCAGCGAGCUGCAAAUGCCUUUUAAGCACAACUUGAGUCCUGUAAUAGCAUCUCGCCUGAUGUCAAAGCUGAAGUGGACAUGGUAGAUAACAAGUGCUUUAAAGUGUGGAUUGGAAAACAGAAUCCCUUAGGGUAUUUUUAGUUGCCGUAUUUACAAAUGAGAAACAAUUUAAAAGCACAAUGAAGACUUUACACAAGAUUAAUGUCGUUUCUUGCCAAAUGUAAAUAAAAAUUAUCUCUU